CAACAACAGUAAAACUCUCAAAUUUGCAAAUGACUCAUCUUCUUCACCUGGAGAGAAUCUAGGGUUCCAGAUUUACUCUCUUCGUCUUCCUCUCUUCUCCCCUUCACUCUGAUUUCACUUUCUUCCUCCUCAUACCCAUCGAUCUAAACAUCCUAAUCUUCUCAAAAGCCCCAAUCUUUUUAUACAUUUCCGGCAACCCAAAAAAACCUUACCUUUUUUUUUUUUUUUAAUUCCGGUUUGAAAAAAAAAACCCUAGCUUCCAUGGCGAAAACUCGACCUGGUGUCGCCUCGAAAAUUAAGCCGGGGAGGAAGGAGCUGGACUCUUAUACCAUCAAGGGCACCAACAAAGUUGUGAGAGUGGGGGAUUGUGUGUUGAUGCGCCCAUCGGAUGCUGGUAAACCACCAUAUGUGGCCCGUGUCGAGAAGAUUGAAGCUGAUGCUAGGAACAAUGUGAAGGUGCACUGUCGAUGGUAUUACCGUCCUGAGGAGUCCCUUGGUGGUAGGAGACAAUUUCAUGGAGCCAAAGAACUUUUCUUGUCUGACCAUUUUGAUGUUCAAAGCGCACACACCAUUGAGGGAAAAUGCAUUGUUCACACCUUCAAAAACUACACGAGGCUUGAAAACGUUGGUGCGGAGGAUUAUUAUUGUAGAUUCGAGUACAAGGCUGCUACUGGCGCUUUUACCCCUGAUCGAGUUGCUGUGUACUGCAAAUGUGAAAUGCCUUAUAAUCCAGAUGAUCUCAUGGUGCAAUGUGAAGGCUGCAAAGACUGGUACCAUCCGGCGUGUGUUGGCAUGACGAUUGAAGAAGCAAAGAAGCUUGAUCACUUUGUGUGUGCUGAAUGCAGUUCUGAUGACGAUGUCAAAAAAUCUCAGAACGGGUUUAAUUCUUCUCCAGCUGAUGAUGUCAAGGUGGAAACGAAGCGCAGAAAAAGAUAAACGCGGGUUCAUGAAGAUAAAAGCCACAGGGGAUGGUAAGUUAUAAUUUGGAAGCUCUUUGGUGCAGAUUUUAGUAAGUUAGGGUUUUAUCUUUGUCGGUCUUUGUCGUGGUGGUUGUGAUGAUGUUUGUAUGGUGCGUUCCAAAACUUAGAAUAUGUGAAAGCAGGAGAGAGAUCGGAGAGAUGAUGAAGAAGAUUAUGUUGGCAGAGUCGGUUGUAUAGACUUCCCGUGGGGUUUAAGUUAACUUUAGGUUUGUUUAUUAUGGUCUGUUGUUUCGUCUGAUGAGAGCAGAUGAACAUUAACAUCAGAUCGAUCUUCUCACUUCUUCCUAAUCAUGUUUCACUUUCUUAAAGUAUCAAACCAGUUUUUCUAAAUUAUUCAA